GAAUAUUUUCUGUAGAAAAUAAUAUUAGCCUUGUUGACAUUUUUAUUUCUGCUGACGAGAUUGAAUUACUUGAACUUUGUAAACAACUUAAGAAAUGUUUACUUGAAAUUGAAUCGGCGUGGAAAUUUCCAAAAGAUUUUAUUACGUUAUGUCAACAUAAUGAUGCUGAUUUAUAUAAUGUUGCAUUUGAUCUUGUAUGUAAAAAUCCCAAGACUGUUUUUGAAUCAGAAGAGUUCUUAAAAAUGGAAGAAGACCAUCUCAUCCGUUUUUUGAAAAGUGAUGACCUUCGGCUGGAUGAGUUUGUAAUUUGGAAAUAUUUAGUUAAAUGGGGAGUUAAAAAUAGUUCUAUUUUGACAAAUGAUUUAGCUAAAUGGGAGUCAACAGAUUUUAAGAAACUUGAAAAAACUAUACAUAAUUGUAUUCCUCAUAUUAGAUUUUUCCAAAUGUCACUUCAUGAGCUUCGUUUAGUUAAGACUCAAUAUAAAAAUAUUCUGCCGGACCUUUCUGAUGAGAUUUUGA